AUGUCAGACACGGAGGAAGAGUCGACAUGCUCGGACAGUUGGCCCAUCAACGAGGACUGGCUGAUGGAGGUGCUGAAGAAGCAUCACGAGGUGCGGUCGGGUAUCAAAAUCACCGAGUUCAAAGUGAAACAGGGCUGCCAGGAUGGAGUGAACAACUUGAGCGAUAUUCUAUCCGUGUCGGUUGCGUACGAGUUCGAGCGGGCCGACGAUGAAGGAGGUCAGCGGCAAAGCUUGGACAUUGUGAUAAAACUGCUGCCACAGGACCCAUUUAGCCGAUUCUUCGUGACGGAGGCGCAGUUUGACCUGAGAGAAAUCAAAUUCUAUACCAGCAUUCUUCCUGAUUUAAUGGCGUUCCAGGAGCAGCACUUCCCGAAGGGACAGGGCAGUAUGGUUAUUUCGGUACCGACCUGUUUUUAUACGCAGUACGCGCCAUCGGGAAACACCCAGCAGUCUCUAGCGAGCCCGGAUGCGAUGGAAAGUAUACUUGUGCUGGAGGACAUGCGAUCGCUCGGAUAUAAGGGUGCGAACUUCACCUCGGGAUUGACACUCGGUCAAACGGAAGGGGCUAUCCGGGCCAUAGUGACCAUCCACGCCCUUUCACUCGGGCUCAAGAUCAAGAAGAAGGUCGACCUUAAUGAAAAAUAUCCGUUCCUUUUUCAAACGACACGUGCUACCGAGAGCUACCAGCAGCUGGUUGAACAGGGAAUGCCCCAGCUGACACGCUUUCUCGAGCAUAAGCCGGGCUACGAGAACGAGCUGAAGGCGCUCGGGAGAAUUCGUCCAAAGACAAAGCAACUGAUCGAAACGCUACUUCAACCGAUCGAACCGAUGGGACUGAUCACGCACACGGACUUUUGGUGCAACAAUCUGCUGUUCCGCAGCGAAUCCGAUCGUACCGAUAGCUGCACCAUCCUCGACUGGCAGAUGGUGACGUACAGUCGGCCAACCAACGACCUUGCCUUGCUGCUGAUUUCCUCCAUUCCGUCCGACACGCGCCGUCAGCACACGUCCCGCUUGCUUGACCUCUACUACGGGGCACUCAAGUGCUACUGCCUUAAAAUGGACGUCGACAUCGAGACGGAUCUCGGCUACAGCCGGAACAAGAUGGACUGGGAGUAUCGUCAGUCGCUCCUGCUGGCCCUGCUCCUAUGCAUCGGAUCGGUUGACAUUGCCAUCGGCAAUCCGGCGGCCGAGCAGCGACUACUGGACGUUUUAAGGGACUUUUACGACGAAGGUAUACUGGGCCUCGAGGGCUGCGUUUGAAUAUAUCAAAUGAGUGUUGGAGGGAGUGUUUUACGGAACACGUCAUUUAGCUUUGAAAUCCAUCCAAAGAUAGUUUUCGACGAGGGUGCAACAAACAACAAGGAACAAAUGCGCACACACAUUCACUAAACACGGUAAGCAGUACGCACGCACCGGAUACAACACGUUCAUCACCGUCCUUCGCUCAUGAUACGUGUGCGCUUUUUCGAGAAUCGCGUCGAAGAUGCCUUCCGCCGUUAACUUAUUGCAUGUUUUACUUCUCCUGACCGACGCGAGUAGUAUGAGCCAAACUGAGCGGGUUCAUCAUGGACGGAGACGACGGUGCAAGCAUACUAACUCUAUCUCAAUCGUAAUAAGCUGCAGGGUUGUUGUCGUAUUCUUGAAUGCGUCCUAAUUCCUAAAACCACACACACACACACACACACUUGAAAGGCUUUCCAAACGAACAGAAACAUU